AUGAGGAACCACACACAGCUGACUGAGUUCAUUCUCCUGGGAAUACCUGAGACAGAGGGACUGGAGACUGUGCUCUUUGUCAUCUUCUCCUUCAUCUACCUCUUCACCCUGCUUGGAAAUUUGCUCAUCCUAAUAGCAAUCGUUUCUUCCUCUACUCUUCACACCCCCAUGUACUUCUUCUUGGGGCUCCUAUCUAUUUUUGACAUGGUGUUCCCAUCUGUCACCUGUCCCAAGAUGCUAUUCUAUCUCUCCGGUCAGAGCCGAGCCAUCUCCUACAAAGGCUGUGCUGCACAGCUUUUCUUCUAUCACUUCCUGGGUUCUAGCGAAGGUUGUCUCUACUCUGUGAUGGCUUAUGAUCGAUUUGUGGCCAUUUGUCACCCUCUGAGAUAUACACUCAUCAUGAAACCUGGAGUCUGUGUUGGUUUGGUCAUGGCAGCCUGUUUGGUGGGUUGUCUUCAGGCCACCACUCUGACCACCUUUCCCUUUCAGUUAACCUACUGUGGCCCCAACCAGGUCGACCACUUCUACUGUGACAUUCUUGCUGUUUUGGCUUGUACUGACAGCUACCUUGCCCAGAGAGUGGGUUCCAUCAAUGUGGGCUUUCUGGCUUUAGUUCUUUUGUUCAGUGUUUGUGUCUCCUACACCCGCAUUGGGAUUGCUAUUUUGAGAAUCCGUUCUACAGAGGGCAGAAAGAAAGCUUUCUCCACCUGCAGUGCCCACCUCACUGCCAUCCUCUGUGCCUAUGGACCUGUGAUCAUCAUCUAUAUGCAACCCACACCCAAUCCCCUGCUUGGGUCCAUAGUGCAAAUACUAAAUAAUAUUGUCUCCCCCAUGCUUAACUCAUUAAUCUAUUCCUUACGGAACAAGGAAGUGAAAAGAUCCCUGAAAAGAGUGCUCCAAAAUGUACUUUCAAUUCAGGAAUAA